GUUCGAAGCAUUCGUACGUUAACGCUCGCACGGUGUGGAAGGAAAAUCCCGCGAAGUCUUCUGCACUGGAGCCUUGCUCUAAGCGCGUCGUUAGGGAUUUUGAACGGUGAGGAUACAAGUGGACCGGGUGUACUGGGAAAAGUGAAAAAGUUUGAAUCGUAAUUUAUUGUACAACUACAAGAGGCUCUUUGGUGUCGUAAAAGUGUUAAAGAGCUCAAACCUUCUGUGGUGUGUAUGUGAAGCAGCUUGUUGUGACAGCGCGGGACACCGAGGACCACACAAAUGGAGGACGACGCACUGAACAAGGACGAGAAGCAGCGCAAGGACUCGCUGAAAAGUGCAAAGGAUGCAGCGAACGGCGACGGUGGCGGCGGUGGCGACGGCGGUGACAUCGUGCUCAAGCCCAAAAUGACACUCGUCAACGGGAUCACGGUGAUCGUCGGUUCCAUUAUCGGUUCCGGCAUUUUCGUCUCGCCGACCGGUGUCCUCAUCAACACGGGCAGCGUCAACAUGUCGCUGAUCGUCUGGAUCCUCUCCGGGCUGUUCUCGAUGGUUGGUGCCUACUGCUACGCCGAGCUGGGCACAAUGAUCAAAAAGUCGGGCGCAGAUUAUGCGUACAUUAUGGAAACGUUUGGGCCAUUCCUGGCCUUUAUCCGGCUCUGGAUCGAAUGCAUGAUAGUGCGUCCCUGCUCGCAGGCCAUCGUCGCCCUCACGUUCAGCGUGUACGUGCUGAAGCCGUUCUUCCCCGAAUGCCAACCGCCCGAGGAUGCGGCCCGCCUGCUUGCCGUCUGCUGUAUCCUGGUGCUGACGUUCAUCAACUGCUGGGACGUGAAAUGGGCCACGGCGGUACAGGACAUCUUCACCUACGCGAAGCUGCUCGCCCUGUUCAUCAUCAUCGGUGCCGGUGCCUACUACCUGUUCCAAGGCAACACGGAACACUUCACCUUCGAUAACACGAAAACGGAGGUAACAUCGCUCGCAUUGUCCUUCUAUUCGGGUUUGUUUGCCUACAACGGUUGGAACUAUUUGAACUUCAUCAUCGAGGAGCUGAAGGACCCGGUGAAGAAUUUGCCCCGUGCCAUCGCAAUUUCCUGCACGCUGGUGACGGUCGUGUACGUGUUUACCAACGUGUCCUUCUACACGAUCCUGUCGCCGGAGGAGGUGCUCGGCUCGGAGGCGGUCGCCGUCACGUUUGCCGAUCGGGUGUUCGGUAUGUUUGCGUGGACGAUACCGGUGUUUGUCGCCCUGUCAACGUUUGGAGCGGUGAAUGGCAUUCUGCUUACCUCGUCCCGCCUGUUCUACGCCGGCGCUUGCGAAGGUCAGAUGCCGGAGAUUCUUACCAUGAUCCAAAUACAGCGCCUCACACCGACGCCCGCCGUGCUGAUUAUGGCGCUUCUUUCCAUGCUGUAUCUGACGGUAUCGGACAUCUUUGCCCUAAUUAACUACGUUGGGUUCGCCACUUGGCUAAGUAUCGGUGCGGCCGUACUGUGCCUACCGUGGUUACGGUGGAAGCAGCCGAAACUGAACCGCCCGAUCAAGGUGAAUCUCAUCUUCCCCAUCCUGUAUCUGAUCGCCACCGUCUUCGUCACCGUCGUCCCGAUGAUUGCCAGCCCGGUAGAGACGGGCUACGGGUGUCUUAUGAUUCUUUCCAGCAUUCCCGUCUACUUCAUAUUUAUUGCGUGGCGAAACAAACCCAAAUGGUUCAACCGCUCGAUGGGUGGAAUUACGCAGAGUUUACAAAAGUUAAUGAUGGUGGUGCGGCCAAAACAGAAAUAAGCGCGAAUGAAGUGGGUCUUACACGGUUCCUCCAAAAAAUGCUCAUGGUCGUAGGAAAGACCAAACCAGCUCAGGUUUAAACAAACAUGCAUCCAUACGAUCAUACGAACACACCGUUGCCAUCAUUUGCUGUGUAUGCCGACCAAAACGAGGAUAGAGCCAUUCCAACUCUACAUUCCAGAAUGGCGCAGAGGCAGUAGUGCGAAAGGAUUAGAGCGAUCUUUAUUUUGUUUUAAAAUGUUUUUUGUUUGUGCUUGUUUGAUCGUCCCAUCCCUUGCUGAAGGCUGUUAAAAUGUAUUCGUUUCUUUUAAAGUAAUUAUUAUAUUAUGUUCUAACAAUUUGACGUCAGUUACAAAUUGAUUUCGUUAGAAGGGAUGCCACGUGGCGAAAACAGAAAAUGUCGUGGAAAAAGUAUCAGUAAGACAGACGAUUGUGUGAAAUAAUUGCAUUUCAAAGAAACAUUCCCAUCACUGUUUUUCGUUCUGUUCGAACAGGCGCAAUAGUUUCUUGAAUAGUAGUCAGUCAGGCACAUCUCAACCAUUUAUCAAACAACUCGAAGCAAACCAGGUCCACAAGUCAGGGAAACAGUGUUCAGGUUUUAAAAAAGUUCACUCAACGUUUAUGUUUUCUAGCUGAAUAAUUACUGAAUCGGCUCUGCAGAACAGC